CAUGUUCGACGCCUGUUCGUCAGCGCAGCUUGUGCAGCAGAUACAGAUCCAUCAUGUACCUAUGUACGUGUAUAUAUAUGCUUGUGCAGGUGAUAUAUUUGAACAUUCCGUGCCCGGGUACAGGUAUUAAGAGUGAACAAGGGCAGGCUCACACACGAUGCUUUGAUUGGGUAGCUUGAUGCUAUGUAAAUCAUGUCGAUUUCUUCCGGUUUUCGCUGGCGAUCUUGGUUCCAUGUUGUGCUGAUGGUCACCAGCAUUUCGUCAACCUUGGCCCGGCAUGUCGCGUUUGUUCCCCGGGGUAGUCCGUCCUCCACGACGGCGUACAAGCCAGUCAUACUCAUACACGGCAUAUUCACCGGGACGAGUACCUUGAAUGACCUGGUCAGGCUAAUUGAAGAGGCCCACCCUGGUACAAAUGUCACAGCAAUUCCUCUGUUUGAACAUUUGGAGAGCCUGGCAUCAUUAUGGACUCAAGUCCCAAAGUUUGUGGAGGCCAUGCGGCCCAUCAUGGAGCAGGCCAAGAGUGGAGUCAUCUUGUUAUGUUAUUCUCAAGGGGGAAUCACGUGCCGAGGUAUACUAGAGACCAUGCCUGACCACAAUGUACACACCUUCAUUGCCUUAUCAUCACCUCUUAUGGGACAAUAUGGAGAUACAUCUUAUAUUCCAAUGAUACCCAAACUCAAGGAGGACGUAUACAAAUUUUGCUACUUGACUACGUUUGGACAAGACAUAUCCGUAUGCAAUUACUGGAAUGACCCACACCACCGCAGCAUGUACUUGCAACACAACAAGUAUCUACCCGUUGUCAACAAUGAGACAGCCAAUGCCAAAAGCAAAGAAUGGAAAGCUAACUUUCUUCGUCUGAAGCAGAUGGUGAUGAUUGGUGGGCCGGAUGAUGGUGUCAUCACACCGUGGCAAUCCAGCCACUUUGGAUUUUACGAUACCAGUGAGAAAGUUGUGGAAAUGAAAGAUCAAGAGGUGUACAAGAUGGAUUACUUUGGUCUGAAAACCCUCGACCAGCGAGAUGCCCUCAAGACUUACGUCAUACCGGGAGUCAAGCACACCAACUGGCAUGGAAACAAGACGGUAUUUGAUUGCUGCAUUGAACCUUGGCUUGUAUAAGUCACUGAAGUUUUGUAGUAUGCUGAGUGUUCGCUAUAGUGAUGGCGACACACAUAUAUAACAGGUGUUUUGUCAGCAGCAGAGUACCAUACCUCUGACAUUUUAUCUGUGUACAGUUGUAUGUCGGUCAUGGAUCACCCAUUUUAGUGGUUUUCAAUCUUUUCACGAGCGUACUGACCCUUGAUCCCCCAAAAGUGUCAAAGAGAACGAAAGUAGCAAGGGGUUAUGUUUGAGUUUGUAUGCUCAUGUUUUCUCGACCUGACAAACCCAGGAUUACAUACCGAUAUGUGAACUACCAUUUACUUCCUGAAUAGCAUGCAAUCAUUGGAGAGCCACGCAGUACUUUUUUGGGGGGGGGUCACAAAUUCUGUCAACCUUGCAAACCACACCAGGAUACUCGAUACCACUUUCUGUGAAGUGGCGUCCACACCUGUUCCUGGGUAGAGCUUGAAAGCAUGCAAGAAUCUUGGAUUGGUUGCUACAGCCACUUGGCAAAAUUAUUUGUGCUUGCAGUUUAAGCUGUAGCCAAGGAAAGAGAGUGAGUCGUGCAUGCUUCUCGGAAACUUACAUUCAAAACCCAAACAGUCAUCAGUGGACAACCGAAUUGUGCACUUGGCAACAUUUUUGGUUGGUUAACCGGGGUUUGCUGAGCAGAUAAUUUAUGUGCUUAACAAAUAUCUGUACUUCUGGUGAAUCACUUCAUCAAGAGAUUUUACCAAGCCCUUAUAAAGUAGGAAUGCACCUUGGUAAUUGGUCAGCUAUCGGCAUUCACUUGGGCUGAGAAAACACUUGAAUCUUUUGGGGAAAGGUUUUGCAUUUUUGCACACAAAAUCAGUAAGUGAAUAACAGAUGAGGGGGGGUUUCAGGCUAGAAACGUGUCAGGUUGCUAAUGGUAUACAGUUUUGACAUCUAACUGACCUUUGUAGCCAGUGCUUUGGAACUUCAAUAGUCACACUCACUACCCAUCAGGAACAUUUCAAUAAGUGUGUAAAGCUCAAGACUUCACAAACCAAGUAUUUCAUAAUGUUGCCUUUACCAUUAGUAAUGCCUAAUUUGUGCCUGUACUAAAGAGGAAAAAAUGGUAACCUAAAUCGGUAAUUUUUUUAAGCAUUUAUAAGAGGUUGUGAGUGGUUGGCUAUAUUAAGAAAUAGAAAUAUCAAUGUAUCUUGAACUAAAAUAUGCUUAGCAGCUGAAUAAGAAUUGUUAGAAUACAGUCAUGUAUGCAGGAUUAUUAUAGAAAGUGUGAUUUUGCCAACUUUUGUUUUUGCAAAGCCUUCUGUGGUUGCAGCUGGAGGAACAAUUUUAAUGAAGCUGGUGUUAUUCUAAACAGUAAUCACUGUGCCAAAUUGAAAUUUAGCAGAUAUUUUUAAAGCAGAAGUUAUGUAAAGCAUAUGGUGUUAGAGUCUGUGGAAUGAUUUGUUGCUGCAGAAAAAGAGAGCGAGAGAGGUGUUACAACACCUUGAAGGGGGGCGGGCGGGCAAUGACUCUAGUAUACAAGAGCAGUCAGGCUUGGUGUGCGUUUCCCUAUUGUGCCUUCAAGUUUUGUACGGAUGUCAUUGUCAAUAAAUACACGUAGAUCAGUUUCCACUAAAGUCUAGCUCUGAACAGUCAUAUGAUUACAUGUUAACCGAUGCAUGUCAGUAAAAUCCAUACAGUCUGCUUGGCUGUGCAAAUAGUGCAUGUUGUCAUGGCAACAAGGGAAAAACAAAUACAGUGUGGGAGCUCAAUCUGUUGGGUCGAUACUUCACACACUCCACACACACACCAUCCUGAUUUUGUCAUUUUUGGGCUUUCCAGGCAAGAAAUCUCAUCUUCAAAUUUGUGUUUGUUUUUUUUCCCCUGUAAAUUUACCAGAGCUAGGCACCACACCUUCAACAGCACCCACCGGAAAGAAAUACUUAACUGUUGCUGGAUUAAACUAAUAUCAGGGGUUUUUUUCCCAUGAAACUUUCCUUUUGCUGCUUUGUUACCAGUUGAAUCCACAGGUUGAAGUUUUAGGGUUUUUCUCUCCAAUUUGACAUUUCAAAGCACUCAGUAGUGAAUUGAGAUGCUAGGUUGGAAUUUAGUGUGUCUAUUGUAGAUAGACCAUUUCAUCCAGACAGAAAAAAGGAAAUGACCCAAACUCUUCCAAUGGCAUAAAAGUCAAUCACUUCUACCCUGAUUGUCUGUGAUUGCACCUGCCUACGCAAGCAUUGGAUAUCCUAAACAAACGCUAACCUUAGCUGUUAUGGCAGUAUGGAUAGGAUUUUGAAACCAUUUUUAUGUACUAAACUGGAAUUUAGUUAUUUUGAAAGUAUGCCACUUGUAGAAAGGCAGAGUUACAUAUUGAUCUUAAAUUUAUUCAGAAUUGUAAUACUUGGAUUUGGAAUGAUUAUUCUCUUGCUGUUUUAUAAUAAUCAGAGAUCAGUUUACAAUAGUGAUGGAAUGUACAAUUCUGUGUGGACCGUAACAUUCAAAUUCUAUAAAGCCUCUCAAAAUUCAGCCUAUUUUCACUGAAAUAGAAUUUUCCCCAGGAGAAUUUUUAAAAGGGUUCAUUUGAACUUUUCUCGUAAGUAGGUUACUCCCAGAAAAAUCGUUCUGUGGUCAUUUUUGACACUUUGCAGAGUGGAUUUCAGGCAAUCGAUAAUCAGUAUGACGCCAUGUCAACUUAAUACUUUUUACGCAUUUAAUAACUAAUGGUUUAAAUGCAGUUACACACUGCAUUGUUUUUCAUUAUUCUGGCAUGUGUUUAACAAAUUAGCAAUACUUCUCAUGCCUUGCAACCAGUACAUUUUGAGAGUCGGAUUAGAACAAUCCAUUGGAGAUUUCAUUCUUAAGCACAUUCUGUAAUCUCAAGUGGUCAUAUUUCAGCACAAUGUAGAUAUCAAAAUAUCUGAUAUAUACACUGUAUGCCGCGAUUUGUGGAAAAAAGGAUGAAGUGAAUGAAGGCUUAAUAAGAUCAGAUUGCCGAUGUACAUGUACGUGAUUACAGUUUUAAACAUUAAUAAUCGAUUUUAACUGAAAUAUUGCUCUUAAGUUCAUGGUAAUGAAUAUGGCACUGUGCCUUGUCCUCAGUGGUUGCAUUACGGUUAUUUUCCAUGAGUCUGUUUAUGAAGCCUUGGUAUCAGCAGUUAGCGUGAUACAGCAUUGCCUAUAUGUACCUACACCUGUACAGAAUGUCUGACAUAUAAAAUUAUUGAGGGGUAUGUUUUUAAGUUUUUUGUUGAGGUGAAAAAAGAGGGUGCAAUGGCAAGCUUUACCCUACUUGCAUACAUACCCUGCUCAGUGCACCUGUCAGAGUUUCCAGGCCUAUUUGGAAAAAAAAGUUGAUGCUCAAUUUCAUAUGGCUUUGUUAACUAUAGGAUUUGAUGCAAUUUUGAAAAGUGGUGAAACCCAAAGACCAUGUAACGGUCUGAUUGUCUGUUGAUGUCAGUCAUUAGACAAAGGACAAAAUGAGGUAAGCACUGGAUUUCUUUUGAGUACACGUGUUUGAAGAUAGUGGAGACUUUGCCAGGUGCACUCUCUACAAAAAGUCGUAUGUUGAACUAUUUGUAAUUAUCUUGUGUAUAUUUUGUUUGUUAGGGCAGUUUAACUUUUAAUUUUCAAAUUUAUGCCAUAACAAAGAAUAUCUUCCCGCAAAAAAGUUUUAGAACAAAUAUAACUCAGAAGGGAUAUGUGCAAAAAAAGGUGUAAUAAAAAGUAUUACAGAUGUGAAAAACUCCUGUCUGGGAAUUAAAGCAAUGUCUUGGUGACAGCUCAUUUUGACAGUUA